GUAUUCAGUUGGCAAACGACAACGUAACGUAUACGAAUAAAUAUAUCCGAACAACAAAUAAAUUUUAGACUGACUCUUUCUGUCUCUGUCUGUGUGUCUGAGUGUGUGUGUCUGUGCAUAAAUCAUAAAAUCAAAAUGGUAUCUGUGGAAACAAUCGGUUCGAUUUUCAUCAAAGCAUUGAAGCUGCUCAUCAAUCUGGUGAUCAUCUUUCUAUAUCGCUGGGGCAAUGGCGGCGAGUUCCUGGGCAUUGGCGGCACAUGGAAUCUGAACGAGGAAAAGAGCGCUGAUGCCGAAAUUGUCGCCUCUGGCGUUAUGGUGGGCUUCUUCAUCUACACAGCCUGCCAUACCAUUGCCUAUUUCUUCGGCACCACCAAGCACAAGGGUGAGCUCUGCGACACCAUUAUGAAUGUCGUGGGCACCUUUAUGUGGGUCGCUGUGGGCGGCGUGGGUCUGCACUACUGGAAGGGCUACAUGUCCGACGAGGGCUUCCUGUAUGUCAACUCGGAGCGUCAGGUGGGCAUUGCCAUGGGCUCGCUGUGCGUCAUCGAGGGCGCGCUCUAUCUGCUCGACACGGUCUUGGCCUGCAUACACUACUCCAAGGGCGACACCGACUACACAAAUUAAACGCCGCGCAUACGCAACAUACAAACAUUUUUUCUAUUUUCUAUGAACUAAUCUAAGUGCAAAUUAGUCUUAAACUGUAUUCAUCAAGUUAAUGUCAUUAUACACACAUACUAAACACACUAAUUAACUUUAACAUUGGUUUGGCGCCACACACACACACACACACACACAAAAGUUUAAAUUUUUGGCCAAAUACAAAUAGUUAAGCAAGAGCCAAACGAAUUAAUUGUGUUUUAUUGCAUAUUGAGGAAAUACCCAUUUGCCCACUUAU